AUGGGACAUAACAGCCUUUUGCUCCCCACAGACACCGUGUCCUGGAGAAGUCCGAAAACUGGCUCCGUCUUCAUCAAAUGCCUGAUAGAGCAGCUCCAAACCAACGCCUGGCGCUUCCCCUUGGAGGAGAUCUUCCGAAAGGUCCAGCUCUCCUUUCAAAAUUUUCCUCGUCAGAUGCCCACAAAAGAGAGAACUACCAUGCUGAAAAAGUUCUACCUGUUCCCCGGCCAUUAGGACAAGCCCACGAUAUGGCAGAGCAUUUCCCGGGGGCCCAGCCUCAGUCAGCAUCUCUCCUCCUGCCUGCAUCUUCCACCUGUAGCUUUCCUCUGAACAAGUACCUUCAACUUCUCAGCAGCCCCUUCCCUGGGGCGGUGCCGCCCGCUCGUGCCGGGGCUCCUGCGGCCGCCCAAAGGACUGUCUGAAAUGCGGAGUCGCAGCCUGGCAGACGCUGCAGAGCAGGCAGCCCCCCGGCUGCAGCACAAAGCCGAUUGUUUCUCAGAGCUCUGCACCGGCAGCCCCCCAGCACUGAACUGGCUCUUCCAGCGAGAGACACCCGCAGCCCCACGGCUGUCAAGACCCGAUAGCAUUGGCCUCCCAGAGAUCAGGGUGCACUCUGAUCAUUCCCUCCGAGUCCCCGGGUGGGCCGGUCAGUGAGUCUCUGCAGCCAGGGCUGGCCCGAGCCAUUUUGGCGCCCCGG